UGGCAGGAAACCUCAUCGCCAUCUGCUUUGUGUGUGCACCACUCCCCAUAAUUGCGUAAAUAAUGUGUGCAGUGGAAUUUCGUUGUUAUCAAAUCUUCCAUACAUAUCAGUGACCUAUUUCCUUUAAGCGGAAAAUCUUCAACCCUGUCGAUUUAUGAAAGAGAUUCCGUUUGUUGAACUGCGUGAGUCGCGGUGUAUCUUGUCUGCUACAACAUAUGUGGUGUCGUGACUGAUAAGACAUUCCCGGUACAUUCGGAGUCUCGUGGGUCGGGAUAGUGCAGUAGGACAACUCGUAGCGAGAGUGAGUCCCGCCGUAGGCUACCUGAUAACAUAAGAGCUUGUACACUCUGGGAGAUCGGCGAGAGAGGUAAUGACACGGCGAUGCGAGGCGAGGGUCACAACUACACAGACUGGAUACAGACAGGUCCCUGCUGUGGGCGAGCUUCGACGCCGCUGACAGGUGGACGUCGCAGUAAAUUGAACUCUGUGGUCGGUAGAAGAGUUCCUGUGCUGUGUUGAGGGUUCUGUCCGUGUGAUACCGUGACAGUGGUGGCUGGCUUUCCGAGAGGGAGAAACGUGUGUGUCAGACACACGCCUUGUUGUGAUGGCAGAUGCUGGUAUUUCUGGAUCGUGAACGUCAGCUCGUUGGUGUGAAAGCGACCUCAGGGGACAUUUCCGAGGUGAUUAGGCAACCUGUUCGGAGUAUUUCGGUGGUAUUUUCCGAUGAUAUACAACAUUUCAUUCUGUGCCUCGUCGUGUCACGACUCAACACGCAAGAAAAGCCAGGACAACGCGCACCUGUUUCAGCGUAAGCAGCUAUAACACCUGUUGGCGGACGUGCGGCAUUGGAGUGAAUAUGCGUGUGUAUGUUAGAGGAUAUUCAUUGGGAUAUACGUUUCGUCACCUGUCGUCGUAGACAUCAUUGUGACUGUCAUUUCUCCUUGAACUGUAUCUCUAUACAUAAGUAGGAUCGUACGCACCCCUUACACGAUCAAAUCUAACUGCUAGCACCAGCAUUGACAACGACAUUGUGAUAACAUUUGAUUUACUAAGGAAUAAAAAAACAACCAUGGGUUGCGUGCAAAGUCAACCAUCGAAUGACGGCUCCGUGGCGACCCUGUCGUACCAUCAACGUUUCCGCAAGGUCAACAACGACGUCUCCGAAAACGAAGCUGCUCUAAACGUCGCAAUGAAGUACGCCAAGGACACAAGUUCCAACAGCAUGGAGAACUUGAACAAGAAACCGGUGAACACCUCCAGGAACAUCUGGGUGAACAGCACCCGAGAUCCACCUGAGCAUCUACACAAGAUGAUCCACUCCAGGUUCCCCCUGUGGAAGAAAUACGAGAAGUGUACGUUCUGUGUCAAGGAAGACCGUAGGAGGUCGAGUUGCGAUGAUGACUUCAUUAAGAUCACCCGCCAGAGGCCUGGGAAGGAGCCCCUGUGUAAGAGAUGUUCCAAGGAUAGCAUGACGCUGAAGCCCAACAACAACCGCCAGUCCCACGGCAUCGAGUCUCUCAAUGUGGCUUCGUUUGCAAACCUACUAGCACUGACCGCCCUUGAUCUGACCGCACCCGCCAGUGAUGCCAUUCUCAAGAACAGGAAGAAUUCGUGGAUACAGGUGGCAGGCCACCCAGGGUCCUUCGCCCCUGCUGGUCCCAACACAGUCUGGAAGAAACGGAUAGCCAAGGAAAACCACGAAACCAAGGCCUAUGAAGCCCUGAUGGACGAUCCCAUUACAGAGCCGAUCAUCCCAUUCUUCAGUAGGGAGGUCGAAUACAACGGAGAGUUCUUCAUUGAGAUGGAAGACCUCCUGCAUCACUUCUGUAACCCCAACAUCAUGGACGUCAAGAUGGGAAAGAGAACAUUCCUAGAGUCUGAGGUGAAGAACCCUGUGUUGAGGAAGGAUUUGUACGAGAAGAUGGUGAAGCUAGAUCCUGAUGCACCAACACCAGCGGAACGGGAGCAGGAAGCCAUCACAAAACUCAGAUACAUGCAGUUCAGGGAAAGAGAAAGUUCAACAGCUGAUCUUGGUUUCCGGAUUGAUGCAGUGAGGAUGGCGGGCGAGGACACGAACACCAACUUGAAGAAGGUGAAAACUACAGACCAGGUCAAGGCCACCGUCACCAAGUUCACCCACUUCUGUCCCAUGGUAAUCAAGCCUCUGUGUGCACGGCUAAAAGAUAUCCGAGACAGAUUUGAAAGAUCCAACUUUUUCAAGACACACGAGGUCAUUGGGGGUUCGCUGUUAUUCCUCUAUGACAAGCAAGGACAUGCUGGGGUUUGGAUGAUAGACUUUGCUAAAACCAUUCCUGUUGAGGCCAAAAUGAUGUUAAAUCAUCGAUCACCAUGGCAACUGGGAAACCAUGAAGACGGGUUUCUGUCGGGUCUGGAUAAUUUGAUCCAGACAUUUGACGAAAUGGAAGCAAGUCAAGGGAGUGAAAUUGUUCUUCAUUCCCGAGACACUUGAGGCGGACGGAGUUGCCUCCCCUUCCGGAGCGAAGUUCUUCUGAAAGCGUGCCUUGCAUGUGGAGAAAAUGUUACUCGUCUGAUCGUCAAAGGCGUCAGAUUUGGAAGAAGUGCUGUUUUUCGCCAGAUUUGGGUGCUGUUUUGAUUAUAUGGAUUCCAAGGAAAUCCAGGACUUUGGAGUGAUAUCAGAAAUCACAUUGUUCGUUUUUCAACAUCACUGGUAAAAAAAGACGGUGGAGGUGGAUGGUGUUUACACCAAGGCGGGAUGAAUGACGACAAUAAGUGUGAUCCGCAGAAUGAACUCAUUAUAUUCAUCAAACCAUUCUCUGUGAUACCUUUUCAUAAUUACUGGGUUCAUAUACGUGUAUUGUAGGGCAGUUUCUAACACCUAUGCCGUACUCAAUGUAUUUUACGCUGAGGAGACGAUGUGUUCCAAGUGAAAAUAUUCAGGAAUUUGUGUGUGUUUUUUUAGAAAUGUCAGUACGUUCAUUUUGGUCAUACGCUUUAUACAGUAAUGUAUAUUAUACGUUGUCUCAUUUCAGCUCCUCAGAGAUGAAUUGGUCUUGUUAAUGGUUGAAAAUAUGCAAUGCUAAAGCUUGUCUCCAGAAUCCAACUCAUCGGUCACCUCGUACAGAAUAUAUUGUCUAUAUGAAUAUAUACAACCGUCAUAGACUGACACACAAAUAUACCACUCAAAUAUACUACUGUUGUCAUAUGAAAGAAUCGACGUUCUUUAACUUCUUUUGAGUAGUAUACGUUACAUCCGUGAGCGUUGUGUGCAGAAGUAACAAGCGAGUGUAUGUUUUUUUUUGUAGUAAAACAACACAACAUAAUAUUUAUUUUUGAUAUUCCAAUGACAUAAUUUUCAUGUUUGUGUUUGUUUCCCCUGUCCUCGUGCAUGCGCAAUAAUUUAUGUUAUAUGUAAUGAUAUUAUUGAUGUUUUAUUUAAUUUGAAAAAAUUACGUUUAUUUUUCCAGAUAUUUGCUAAAAUACGUGUUGAAAAAUAUAGAAUACAGUUAAGGAUGAGUUACCGAAAUUGACACAAAAGAAUUGAUUUUGCAAUAAGAAUCAUCAACUUAUGUUUCUUGCAAUAAUUCAUUUCAGCUGUGAAUAAUUUCCCUCGCAAUACUAUUAUUAGUUUCCCUAAAAAACAUCAGAGCGAAAGCGUCGGAUCGUGAAAAAGAACCAACAAAGCAGUUACGGCGGUGUUGUCUCCCUUGGUACAAAGGGGGAUUCAAAUCGGGGUUUAAAUUGAGCCAGCCAGUGUUGAUCGUCGUCACACAACAAGGAUAAAACCAGCGAAUGUUAUAUAUCAAGCUAUACUUCCCAAGGACACAAUCAUCUAAAAUGGUUUUAUUAUUUAUUAGUUUGUUUUGUUAUAUCGUCUUUAGCUGUCAUGGAAGUAGGCCAAUAUUAAACCGCUACCUGUUUAUUUCAAUUCUUUGGCUCAGGUCUGUUUUAUUACAGAACAUCAGUUCAAAAUGAAGGAGAUAUUUUGAUUGUACUGGCACUCACAUCCAUCACUGGGUACCGAGAGGUGUGGGAUGCAAACAAUAAUUCAUACUUGUCUAUUAUGAAGUUCCAGUCCAAGCGAGUAAAGCUUGUGUAGUGUAGACAUUCAACUGAUGCCUGGCGUUGCUAUGCAUCACCGAGGGCUAAAAUUAUUUGUGUUACUACCUGCUCUUGGCUAUACUGGUUGAUGUAAUUUCAAAGACGUUUGGCGUUUUUCGCCGCAUAUUAAAAAAACAAUCAGUUUGGUUUGUGAAAAUAAGUGAAUAUAUUUCUUCCUGGAAACUUAUGGCAUUAAACAUAUACAUGCUCAUCCAUGGGGUCCCCAACGCCAUAUUGUGUGCGGCGUAAAACCAUACUCACUGUUGUGUCGAGCAGUUUCAUUCAGGGUAAAAGUAAAACAACGACAAUAGAUUCAAAAGGUUCUAAUUUAUUUCUCCCGGGAAUAAAGAUGAAUAAAAGAUGUAAUAUUUA